AGGCAAACUGUACUCCAAGCUUUGUCAAUAAAUUUGUUAAAUUAAACUAACUUGGCGGAUUCACUGUUUGCGUAUUCCGUGAAUUUAUCACAACACGUAUUGACAGGCAUCAUAGGUUCAAAUUCUGUUUCUCUUUGCUAAUCUCACUCUAAGUUACUUUUCCAUAUGCAUUCAUAAAUUAAAAUACGAAAUUACAUACUCAUUCUGUAAUUGUAAACAGACGAAACACACACACACACACACACACACACACACACACACACACACACACACACACACACACACACACACACACAAAACAAACACCUACACAAAUAUGCACACACUGUAUAUGUAAACUGCAAGUCACUUUCGCAGCAACAUAAAAAGCUGAUAGAACAGGUGUUACUGGAAGGUAUCCAACUAAAUGUUAAACAAAGGCAUAAUAUCUAUAAAUGCAGGAACACAAUCAUCAGUCAACUCCUUCAUGCUGCUGAUAUAAAUUUAGACUCAAACAUGUCGCUCUGUGCCCACCACAUAUAGAAACAAUACCUGCUGAAUCAAUCAAAUUUCCCCCAUUUACUGACCUUUAAAUGUGUGAAAAAGACAUACCUAUAGUGCCACGUAGCGCUUGUUGCAUAAGUCACAUAUUAGUUUAUUUUGCAUUUGUUGUUAUAUAUUUAGUUUUUUAAUUGGUCAUCCCAACCCCACAUAAGGACACAUACUCGUUAUUACUUUUGCUUACCUACACUGCCUUUGUACAGUCAGACUAUAAACAACUUCUACUCUUUGGUUCGAUGGAUUUCAAAAUGAACACCGCUCCUGUCGUCUCGAGAAGGUUGCUCAGCGUGACUGUAACGUCAUUUCCCUUAUAAUUAUUUUUCGAAAAAAUUCUAAUCACAUUUCUAAACAUAGAAUACAGCAAAGGAAUUUUAAUUAUGAUAAGUAACAGGAACAGCAUCAUUGGCAGCGCCACACAUCCCCAUACUGUGUAAGGAAAACAGGGCUACCUAUGUGAAGCCAGAUGUGAGAGCUUUGUAUGGAAUGUUCGCUGGUUUGUCUUAUUGUUCGACACUGAAGAGGUAAAAGUAAUUUAAGGUCUGACUGUACAUACUGAGCCAAUGUGAACUUGUCACACACAUGACCCUGUUGCUCUCUUAGACAGCCAGGGCCGCCCCCAUAAAGAAAAUUCCCAGUGCUCAUUUUCCUGUACUAAAGCGAGCAAAAAAUCUGUUGCUGCAGCUUUCCCUUUUGAGGAGACUGUUGUCCGUAAGAGUUCCGCCAUGUUGGUUGUUAUGAUUUGGGGUUGGAGAUGGACGUAAGCGAGGUGCGUGUUUGAUAGUCCGUUUUCUGAGACGGAGCAAUCUGACCGGAAGUUGGAGGAAAUAGGCACGUGUGAUACGCCCCUUUAGCCUCUUGGGUGGUCAGUCACGUCUCUGUUACGCACUGUUGGCAAGUACUGUACUGGUUCCAGAAGGCAUCUGCACCUGCGCCAGUAUUGGUCAAGUCUGGUUCUAAAUGAGCUUACACUUGUUGCCGUCACAACACUCUCUGACAGAUUAUUCCAAGAGUUCACAACUCUCACUCCAAAAAAAGUUUGAUCUGACAGUUUUCUAAACUUUUGAUUUCUUCAACCUUAAGCUGUGAACCCUAGUGGGGCGGGCAUCCGCUAGUGCCAGGAAUGAACACUCGACUGAGUAAUGUCCUCUGAGGUACUUAUGGACGUCUAUUAAGUCAACCAAUCGCCCAUCUAUAUAAGCUUCGUAACGGCAGGCGUUCUAAUCUCUAUGGGUACUUGAGGUACCUGAGUACAGACACCAGUCUGAUGGCUCUCUUUGGACAAUUUCAAUCAAUUGACAGUCUGUAGCAUAUUUCGGGAGCGGACACAGCGCUCACCUCAUGUUCCGGGGGACGGUAGUUCGAUUUCCGGGCGCUCUCAGUUCACCCAGCUGUAAAUAGGUACCUGAGUUUACAACUUGGGGAAAUGAUUACGGUCGAGUGCAGUACCGACCAUGCUGCCUCCCUGUGUACCCAAGUCUUGGUAUAAAAGUGUGCUGUAUCCACACUGUCCCUAAUGGGCAGUCAUGCCUUUGGGGCUCGCUUUCAUUUUUUCAGCAUAUCUCGGGGACCAGAAUGGGUGACAGUACAGUACUCCAAACUGGGAAAUACUUCGCUUUUGAGCACCGUUGUGAGGGAUGGACCAUCUAGGUAUGUGAACGACCUUCUUAUAAGACCUACUAGCCUAUUUACUAUAAAUACUUUCUUCUCACAGUGGUCCGAGAAAAUCAAUUCGUUGUCAACAUACUCACUCAGAUCCUUUUCACAUUUGGUCUCGGUUAAUGGUGAUUCUUCGUCCCGUUGGGCAAUGUGAUACGCCUCCUUCCUAUUGGUACAUUUUCUUGAAGGGUUCUCUAUUUCCUGUCAAAUUAAAAAGAAAAAAUCUAAAGAAGUUUUAAAAUUUCUAUCAAUAUGUUACAUUUUCUUGAGAGGUUCUCCGCUUUCAAGAAAAGUAGGUUUGUUUAUCCGAGUCGUUGGCCUCCAGGAAGUAGUGGGACAGUUGAGGAGGACACAGGGACGCCCAGGGAGACCUGCGAUCAUGUGUACCAGCAGGGGACGGAGGCACCUCCCCGCUUAAUAGUGCUGUGGACACCCUUCUGGCACCAGUGGACGUCCUGGGGCAACAUCGUACAGCAACGCGGUCGUCUGAGAGAGGCCCGCUGUCCAAUCUGGAGGUGUGAGUUCGUGUGGACCCCAGAGUCGACGUUACACAGAGUGGCGGAGGCAGAUGCUGUCGUGUUCUUCAGUCUGGACUUCUUCACCCGACCUCUCCCUCCUCGCCACCCACGACAACUCUGGAUCUGGCUCGAACUGGAGGUGCCGCCCAUGAGUCAGAUAGCUACAGCGUCAUGGGCGACCGCGGAGAAGAAGGGUACCUUCUUCAACGUGACUAUGUCCUACCACCACCUCAACCACAUCAUGCUCCCCCAAGGUUACCUCCUGCCCCUCAACACUCCGUCCCACUGUCCUCUACUACCAACCAGUCACCUGAACACGUCUUCAGCCGCCUUCAGGAGCUACAGCGAACACCUGGCGAGGUAUGACUCACUAACGCAAGGUGAAAGUCUUCGCCUGGAUCACUGGCUGAAAGCUAAGGUAUUACGGCUCAGAAAUAAUUCAGGUCGAGCAUUUCCACAAAGUCACAGCAGAAAAGCACCUGGCGGCCAGGGCAACAUUACAGAAACUUUUAGGCAAAACAAUGUCAAUAAUGCCGCCAAGAAAGACGAGAAUGAAAAACAUAAUGUUGAGGACUCAAGAGGAAGUACCAAACUAGACAACACUAUAAACGGUAAUGAUGAAGAUGAGAGAAAGUUUAAGACAGUGUUGACAGAGGAGGAGGUGAGGUGGGCUGGCAGGACCCAGCUGGCGGUGUGGAUGGCCAGUAACUGUCCCACUGAUUCUCGGCGGGAAUCAGUGGUGGCGGCUCUGCAGCGACACGUCAAGGUCACCACCGUGGGCAAGUGUGGUGAGCUGACCUGCGGCAGGAACCACAUGGACACUUACUGCUACCGCUGGUUGGCUGCCUCCCACCUCUUCUACCUCUCGUUUGAAAACGCCUUGUGCGACGACUACCACACCGAGAAGCUGUGGCUGCCCAUGGAGCAUGCCAUGGUGCCUGUGGUGUAUGGGGGCGCCAGGUACCGAGACAUACUUCCCUUUGAGUCAUAUAUAGACGUGGCAGCGUUCUCCAGCGCCAAGGCACUAGCUAGACACCUGGUCUACCUGGCUAAUCACCCCUUGGUGUACCUGCGUCACUUACAGUGGCGUAGGUACUGGCGGGUAAGGUGGCCAGUGCCAUGGUGUAGCCUGUGUGAACGUCUGCACAAUCCCCACCCACACCCUACCCACACCACCCUCAACAGGUGGUGGAACGACACUGCAGACUGUUAUGAACCCUUGACCUGGUGACCUUAACUAAUGCUCACCGACGCCCUCUAAUGUGUACACAAACUGCAGUAGUGUUGAACUGUAGCCAAAACUUUACUGUAAAAUACAUUAUUCUUGUAAUCCCUUAAGAUAGCAACCCUCACUGUGAUAGCCUUUGUAAUUGCACUGAUCAUGACGACGCGCGCCUGUGUGCACUGACUCACAAGAGGUGAUAACUAUAAGUGUCUGAUACAGUGAGUUGAAAGUUCUCAGUCUCACCCAUAACUCUCUGUGUUCAUGUGGUGUUGUAAGAUCUCAUUUACCUUUGAAGCCAUGAAGCAAUUAUUUAUGACAUUUAUUAAAUAUUUCUUAUAUAACUGUGCUACUUUAACCAUGUCUGGUGCUUCUGAUAACAACAACAACAAUACUACUACUACUACUAC